CCUUGAUGUGAAUGUUGUUGUUAUUUGGUGCUAUAUAAAUAAAAUUGAAUUAAACUUUUAAAAAAAAUCAAAAGUAUUAGUAGUAUGACUAUAAAGUAUUAAUUAUUCAGUACUUAAUUUUUAGGCUGUCAUGCACAGCUGCUUUCUAUGUAAUACCAUUUGUAUGAGGCUAACAGAGAGCCAAGUUUCUACACUAUUUAUUUCCGAUCAAAAGCUGCUAUUUCCUGUAACCUCCCCGCUUCUUCUUGGUUCCCCUGUGCCGCCGCCCCCAUUUAAAAAUAAUCCUGGAAACGCCCCUGUGGUUUAUGGAGUUGCUCAUCAACUCACAUAUAUUUCUGUUUGCAAGUCGCCUUCAGAGGCUGACACGGUGACGUUUAAUGUGCAUGGAUAGGUAUAGCAUUAAAAGAGAAUUCCCUUUUAUUUUUCUCCUGAAACCCUAAGUGUGAAGUGACCUUACUGCUCAGCAGUCUCCAGCUGCCUCCCUGCUAGAGAAGAGGGAUGUUUCCUCGGCGCUGGUGGAGAAGAGGGGCUGUUCCCUCAGCAGAUCCCAGUUCAGUCCGUCCAGAGAAGCGGCACGGGUGAGCGGCGGGGACUAGGCGGCAACGCAACGACGCAUUUCACAGCUGUGGAGGUGAGCUGCUGCUGCUGCUGCUGCUGUGAGGCAGUAGACAGCGGCUGAGAGUCGCAUCUGCUCUGCCCUCAACAUUUCCAGCGCUCCCUCAACUUGAUCCAGCUGCCUCGGCGCUCUGUCUGCCUCCUCUGGUGGAAUAGGAGGUUCGGGACAAACGGCCGGGCCACCUCGAGGAGAUGGCAUUAGAAGUGAUGGCCUCAGCUGCACAGCUGUGCCGGUGAUCCCGCCGCUGCACGUAGGGAAGAAGCAGAAACGCCUUGACAACCGACCUACCUUCCUCUCUCUCAGAAAAAAAAAAGCAGAGAGAGGAAAAACGAAACCACACCAGCAUAAACAAAUGCGACCAUGUACAGCGUGGAGGACCUCCUCAUCUCUCAUGGAUAUAAGCUGCCCAAGCACGCCACCUCCUCCACCCCUACCCCUACCCCAACCCCUGCUCCCUCAUCCCACCAACCCCGUUCAUCCUCACCACCGUCCUACAGCAAGCACCAUGAAAUACUAGAGAACAGGUCCGGCCCCAGGACAGUAAAUGGCUAUGAAAGAGGGCCCGUAUUGGCCUAUGGGAAUGGUGGCGGAACCAGGCAGCCCCAAGCAUACGAUGCUGGGGGCUGUCCCAACAACAAUGAGUCCAGGGAUAGGAGCCAGCCGAGACGGGACGGCGAGAACCGGUGCCAAACCGACACUCACUCCUUGGGAGAGUCGCUAACCUCAGACAGUGGGUUUUGUGAUAGCACUAGAGGUCCUCAGUCUCAGUCCAAAGAUGUGUCCUACUGGCGGAGGAGAGGCCAGGACUUCACUGUGCUGCUGGAUUAUGCUGAUUUCCGAGAUCCCCAUGGAGGGGGUCCAGGGGGCUACAGCAGACCGGACAGGCCUCAACAAGCAAGAGGCCAAGAGCUCUCUGCCGAGGAGCGUCAGAGGGCAGCUCAGGAGAGGCAGCGAUGGGCGGCCCAAGCCCAAGCUCAGGCCCACGCUCAGGCCCAAGUCCAGGCCCAAACCCAGGCUCAGGCCCGAUCCAGAGACAGGGAGGCUGCUCUCCAUCAGUGGAGGAUGGCGACUGAGAGGAAAUGCCAGAGCCUGGGGACAGAUGAGUGGCGUCCAGCUGUGAACUUUGGCAGCCAGCUGUCACAAAGUGAGGGCGAGCGCUGGGCACAGGAGCAACAAAGGCUCCAUGCCAGGACACCAGAGGGGAUGGUAGUCCACCCGAGGACCAAAGCCAAAUCCCAGUCCCUGCCCAGGAUGCUACAGCCUGAAAGUCUGCAGUUUGUGGAAAUACCUUCAUCUGGUCAGGACCUGUACAGACGGGUCAAUGGCCACCCAUUCUUACACCAUGACCUUUACAGAGCACCGCGCUGGCCAGAGAAUGGCAGGCCAGCUAGCGCUAACCAGCUCUCAAUGACACCAAAGCCCCGCUUCACCCGACCCCCCAGACCUCCCUCUUAUGAGAUGCACCAGCAGAUCAGGGGAAGCUGUGAGGUGUUGUCUGGCAGAGACUCGAACGUUCCCCAGUCCAGGGACAGAACGCCACUUCCCAUAUCAAGACCAGGUGACCCCCAACUGGACUAUUUUGCACAGGACUCUGGACCUCCAGGAUACAUCCCUCCCCCAUCAUAUAAAAGAGCUCCUAUAAUGGGAGGGGGGCGGCGGGGAUAUGGUGAAAUUGCUGUUGACUACAGGUACAGAGGAGAGAUGUACCAGCACAUUCAAGUUGCUCCAGAUGGAUCUCACUGGUUCACCAGACAUCCAGUAGGUCCGUGGGCUGAUCCACAGAGAGAGAGGAGCCAGAAGCAACUUUACCCUGUAUAUACUACCCAAGAGCACCCUGGUGGAGGGGUCCAGUAUAUCCCCUUUGAUGAUCCCCGUAUCCGCCAUAUUUCCUCAGCUCUGGGUGGCAACUCCUUGACAGAUGCUGACAAGAUUCGCCACAUUCGUAACGAGCUUCCCAGCGUCACCGUGUCGGAACCUGCACCCGACGACAGUGCCUUUUUGCCCCCGCCAUUGGGGCCUUUCAUCGCUGCCAAAUUGGCCGAUGACGGUAACCAGACGUCUUCUAGCGACUUUGACAAUGACAAUAAGAGGUGGCACAGCAAUUUGCACAAACAGACUGUCGAUAACUUCCCAGCACCUGACCAAAACUGCAACAACAGAUAUCCUAAAAACCAACGCCCUCCUCCUUCGCCCUCUUCAGCCUUCCAAACCCCGUUAACAAGAACUUCUUCUCGUCAGGGCUCCAGCUCAGACCAGGUCUUUGCUGAAACCAUCACCCAAGUGAAGAAAAUUGCCCCAGAUUCAGGGCCAGAAAACAAUAGGAAUACCAAGAGAAGAGUGAGUGAGACCAUUUUCUGCCUUGUGUCUGUCCCUGUUCAUACACCGACUAACAUUAACAAAGACUUUGGAGCUGAUCAGAACAACAAUGAGACAAUACCAAGCUUGACCGUCACCAACACUGAGACAUUCGCUGUAGGCCUCAAAGAGAGCCCCAAUAUUAGGAGCAAGUCUGUGAACGAGAUGCCUAUUAAAUCCCAUUAUUCUCGCUUUCACUCCAGCAGCACAUCCUCAAUGAGGAAUUACAAGAGAGCUCCUUUAAGGAAGGAAAUAAUAGAUGCCUGGACACUUCAAGCCAAUGAAGAUAAAGAGUUGUGCUAUGCUGGGUCUUGGCCUGGAAACCAGUACCGUAAUCAGGAAACUCAGACCGGCUCACCUUUGACAGUGGUAAAAAGUCCAGAACUCCAGAGCCCUCCGGGUGGGCAGGGACCUGUUCAGUCUGCCUCAAAUACAACCACGGAUAUUGGUGUGGUGACAGACAACAGCUCCUCUUAUGGCUAUCCGAUGGCAGGCCAGAAGAACCUUCAUCUCUCCAGCAACAGUGCUUUUUCCCGUCUCAGCCUGAGCCCAACAGAACCACUAUCCCUUCAGCCCUCGCAGCAAGACCCGUCCUCUCCAGCCAAGGUUCAAAAUCAGGGAGACGAGCAGCCAUCAUCUCCAAGAAAAAACAGCACCCCAGAGACUGCAGAGCAAGUCGUCUUUGGUCAGUUUCUCCUAAAGCCAGUGAACCGACGACCCUGUGAUGUUAUUGGUGAACUGGAGAGCAUCAAUAAGGAAAUGGAAGACACAAUCAGCAAGAGGCCCAUUGUGGCUCAGUGCAUUGAUGAUCUUGAUGGGAUGAAUAAGAGUUUAGCUCGGUUUAAUUCAGGAACACACUUUAUUGCUGGUCCAGAACCAGGCAGGGAAGCAAUCAGUCUUCCACCAUUGCACAAUAUAAAGCCCAACACUCCAAAAGUCAGAUCAAAGUCAUUGGCAUCUACUGCUGACCUAGAGUCUAUGGAUAUGAGGAGUGUUUUUUCCAGCUCACAGGCCAACAACAUACCAGCCACUAAUGAUCUUUCAGUUCGCUCAAACUCAGGCUGCAGAGACAACCUGUCCUCGCUACCCCCUCACAAUGAGUCUAACCGCCACUAUAGACAGGAUAUCCCAGUCCCUCAAGAGUCUUUACUGAAAGAUGUGGGGUUAACUGUGUACACUGAAACUCCCGGUGGUCCCGGGGAGCCAGUGCAGCGCUCACUCUCAGUCCCCUCACCACUGGAUCAGAAAGAUUUUACUCAGUUGAUGGAGCCCUCCUGGGACACGAGGACAGCAAUUCUUAAAAAUAGGUGUAGCCCUGAGCACAACUCAAAUAAUGAACUUGAAACCAAGGGGAAUACAAAAAGAAAGGCUGAAUCAAACAAUGUUCCACAUUUAAGGGGAAACGUGAAUUUAACCAUCUGCAGGACCAGGAGUGAAAGCAGCAAAUCACCCCAGAAAGACAGUUCAACACAUAUCACAAGGUUGACCAGGGAGGUUUCUUUCGUAUUUGAGGAUGAUGAUGGUGAUAUGAGAUAUGCCAUGUCGGAGCCACUGACCUACAAGAAUGAGUCAACAAUAGCAGAUAAGCACCUAGAAAACUUACUGAUUCAAGAGAAAGCCAAUGCUUUACGUGCAGAGGAUCUCAGCAACCUGUAUGAGGUCAAAUGCGCAAAAGGAAUCCCUGAAAAUGAGUCCAUUGAACAGAGGGCGGCGCGGAUCCUGGGUAUAGCCGUUCCAGUGGAAGCUUUAGGGGUGGCUGACAGGCAGUCUGAUGACAGCCAGGAUGAUGCAGAGGAACGACAAAGCCCAACUGAUGAGACACAGCAAGUGAAACGAGAGUAUGAGCAAGUGAAAGAGGAGUCCUUGGUUGUCCGAGGUGCAAAUCAAGAAGAGUUCAAAGAGACAGAAUCAGGUAUGGAUAAACAAGUACAAGAAGAAGAUAACAGGCAACAGCACAGCAACGAUCACAGUGAUGGCAGGGACAAUGACGAUACAGAGACUCAGUUAGUAUUAGACCUGCCCGAAUUCCCACCAAGUAAGCUUCCCCUGUCUCUGCCCAUCAGCCCCGAUGAGAAGCUGUCCCUGAGCAUUUGCAGUUGGGAGAAAAAGGGGCGAGGUGGAGCAUGCAAACUAAUCGAAUCCCUGCAAGAUAAGCUGAACUCUACUGCGGUUUCAUCUGCUACUUGUAUGGGCAGGUCAACAACAGACAGAAUAGCCCGUCUGAAAGAACUGGACUCUGUGUCUCGAAUAAGACGCCUUAGUCUCAAAGACAUCAGGUCUGGUGAAGAAGAGUACUCGCAAGAGAUAAAUGAAGACAGAGAGGAAUGUGAUGUUCAGGAGGAGACAAAAGAAGUAGACGUAGUCAAGCAACAAUUAGAAAAGGAGGAGAAGGAAAUGGAAAGAGAAGAAGGAAAAGAGGAGAAAAUCCCAGGUGAACAUGAUAAAUUGGAAGGUUCUGAAGAAGACUGCAGAUCAAAUGAAGUGAAUGAAGGGUUGUGUAAGGAAGAGCUGAGACAGAAAGAUGAGUUAGAAGGGAUUAAUGUUAAGACUGUGGUAACAGCAGACCAUGAAGGAAGUAAAGAAGUAGAAACUGAUGUUAAAAAGGAAGAGCCAGAAGAAGAAGUGGUUUUGAAAAUUGUGGAGGAAGACAAUGAAAACUCUAAGGAUAAGGUGGAAGACAAACUGAAUGCAGCGGGGGUCAGCAGAGCGGUGACAACUCAAGAUACUGGUGGGCAAAAGUUACCCAAACCAAAGCAGCGCACUAGGCUCCAGAAGCCUCCUCUGCUUCCUAAACCUCGCAGUGUUCCCAAGAGAGAAAUAACGCUGCCACUUAACUACAGCGCUGGGACCUGUGGCCCCUCAGAUGAGGAUGAGGAAAUGCUCUCCAUUUCAGACUCUUACGACCCCAGUCGAGUGGAGAGGGUGUAACCUCUGACCACUGCCUUCACCACUGUGGAAAUCAGUCUUUGUCAAGUUAACAGCUUUUUCCAGCAACAAAGGCUUUCAUCUCACCUCUUGGCUCAGUCAGCUGUGACCCCUCCAGUAAUGUCACACAUGACUUCUCACAGAACUGACUGUCCCGGUGCUGCAAGAGUUUUUUUUCUUUCUUUUUUUCUUUCUUUUUUUUUUUUUACAGCCAAAUAAAGGCACUGCUGGGUGCCAGCUCUCCAGGCCUUUUUCAGUCUCGUCAUUGUCAUCCUUCCACUCUCUCCACUUCUCAGCUAGUUUAUUUGCUCGAGCAAGAGGACUUCCUUAUUUUGAAGUUGUCUUAUUUUGCUUUUGGAGGAAUGCAUGUCAUUAUUCCCGUCUGCACUCGGGGCUUUCUCAGCAAGCUCUGGUGUUGAAAUAUGAAUGUAAAAGUGCUUCUGCUCAACAAACAAACAAAAGAAAUGUAACAGAAAAAAACGUACAGACACAUGUGAAGGCGACAGUAUUGCAUUACAAUCAGUAUUAACCUAACCAAAUGUAAAUAAGAAAGAGUUAUAGGAUUUUAUUAAGAAUAUUAAAAAAACAACAAUUUAAGACAUUUAAUUGCUGAAGAAAUGUAUAUUUUCUUAUGUAUGUUAUGAAAGAGUAGAUUUUUGGGGGGAUUGUAGUCUUUGGGUGUAUUACUGGUAAGGAAAGCCCUCACUCUUUAUUCUUAUAUUUGUGUGAUAGAGAAUGUACUGAGAGAGGAUUGCAUAGAGAAACACUGUGGUCCUUGAAUAGCUUCACUCAGAGCAAUACAGUUGUCACAAGCAGGGGUGUUUGUGAAAUGAUUUCAGAAGCAAGUCUCUAUUUCAAGGCACUGAUCUCAUUUGCUUUAAAGGCUCUACCUUUUGGUACAAGCGUUAGAUUUGCACAGCUGAGAUUAUUGGCUUUAUGUUACCAAUGAGCACCUGAUAAUCUCUGCAAAUACUCAGAGAUUAUACUGGGAGGGAUUUGAUUUCACACCCUCCCCGCUCGAGUCUCAGCAUCAGCAGUCGAGACAUGUACCGGGACUGUCUUUUGUUAAUCCUCAUGUUGUUCCUAAAGAAAUCUCAACACAUAUAUUUUUUUCUGGCAUUAACAGAAUCUGUGGAGUCUUUGCUGUUUUUGCUCACACCCUACCUUAUGUGUGACUUCAGAAGUGCUUUUUUUUGCCGGAAAUGAUAGAUGUAGCUAUGUAGCAGUGUGCCUCGUACACGCUGUUUUUGUGGAGAACUUUUUCUGUGUGCUUAUUUAAACUGGACAUGAGCAAAUCCAUUUUAUUUUAAAUGAGAUUGGAGACGUAUGAAGGUGUUUUGGCAAUAAUAAUGAUAUUAAGCUGGAGAGGCUUAAUAUCGAUGCUGUACAGAACAUUGGUGUUGGAAUACUAAUCACAGUAUCUGUACAUGUUCAAUAAUUUAACGCUGACAUAUCAAUGCUUUGUAAGUUGUGGCCAUAACUGGCAGUUUGGUUCAGACUCACGUCACUUAUGGGGUAGCAAUACUAGAAAUUUAAACACAAACCAAACCAAACUUUGUGCUAUGCAUUGGACAUCAACACUCACUGGGUUUAAUGGCAAAAUUCCAAACUAAAACUGUAACUCCUGGUUUGCUUGUAUGACCCUGUCACUCUUUGAUCCAGUUGUAUUUGGGAUCUGGUUUUAGACUUUCUCGGAUGUGGCUCUGACCAUGAGUUCAUCGGCGGGGCAUUAAAAACAAGGUUUUGUCUUUGUUCUGUUAAAACAACCCAGUACCCGUACCUCUGUGUUCCAGGUAAUGUGUUAUCUGGUCAUUCCUGUAGGUCUUUUUGUACGGCGAGUUCUUUGUAACAUAAUCUAGACUAUUGGUGCACAUCUUGCUUUGAUAUUUUCUAUUUUCAUACAGAGGUAUGUACAGCUUCUUUUGUAUGCGCUGCAUCUUUUUUUCCCCUCCUCUUUUUUUGUGCAUGUAAUGUGUAAGAAGUCACAGAGAGAAAGUGUAUUUGCAUAUAAUUGCAUUUGGUACAAUAUAGUCUAUCCAAUAAACAACUGUUAUAUUUCAUAUAAUGUAUAUUUUAUUUUCAAAAGUUAAGCUACAUAUUUAAAAAGAACAAGGUAUUUUUAGAUUAUUGUGAAAAGGGAACUGUUUUUGAAGGCACAGUAUUUGUCUAUAUUUGCUAUGAUCAUUAAGAAUGAUCAGAAAUACAGACAAGUUUGUGCUGUUGUACAGUACUGCAGACUGUUCAUAAAUAAAAGUCUUUGCAUGAAACA